AACUAUCCCUCACCUUCCCCGUUCUACCUGGCAAAUACACGCAGCCAGAGGAACGCAUCUUCGCCAAACACUUAACUGCUUGCUGUAUCCCUUGCUUUCUUAAUCCCUCCGCCGUUUCAUCUGUCCACACAAGUCCUCACUUAUCAUCUCUAAGAUGCCUUCAACAACGGCCACGACAUCGAUUAAGAAGACGACUACCUCAGAGCAUCCGAAGGCCGAUUCCGCUCGAACCGCAGAGACUCAAGAGCCAUCCUCUGUCAAUAAGGCUCAGGCGAACGAGAGCCUAUCCAAAGAAGAAAACCAGUUGAAAGAGUACUCCAAGGAGCUUUACGUCUACACACUCGACCUGCUCAACUCCGUGCGAAUCGACAAUGCACACAAGGGCGUGAACGGGAAGGCAUACAUGCUCAAGCGCACGAUCUCGGAUAUCGCUGUACCUCUCAAGACGAUGGCCAUCGUCAGCGGCGAUGCUCCAAAGGAGUCGAAGAGUGCCGCUGCACCUGCGUGAGACUGCCGACCCUGGUCCUGCUGGCGGGCAGCUGACUGUGUGCAAAUGGACGCGGACAUUCUCACAUCUUCAUUGGAUGUCGUGCAGCAGGCCUGCUCAUUAUCGGUUGCUACGAGCUUUUGCCAUCUCGAAAUUUCCUCCGGUUCUGUUGGUUUCAAAAAUUAUGUGCAUACCAUGUGUUUUUGUAUUUCUAAUAUGCCCGUAUUAUCUUUCUUUGGUUUACCCAACACCCUUCGCGUCAUGAUCAUCUGCACCAGCCCCCGUUCUCCACUUCCCCUGUCUGAAACAAUCGGAUCGGACUUGCUAUCAAUAAUUCUACCCCUUCUGAAUGAUGAUCGCUGUUCUUUCCUGUCUAGUCUAUUCGCCACACUCGGCCUUCGACGUCAUGUCCAUUCUCCAUUUAUCCCUUAUGAUUUUGGUUCCCC